AGAUGAAAUUAAAUCUUGAAACUGAAAUCCUAGAGGUUUUAAGAGCCUUGACCCAGCUCCAGGAACAAUAUCUUGAUCUAGUUACUAAGGAAGAGGAUGGAGCUGCAGAUGUACUUCAGGAUUACAGAACACUGUGUGAGAGAAUGGUUGAGUGGGGUGAGCAGUUGGAUCCUGAAAUAAGAGCUGGACUUUUUGGAAACAGAGUUUUGGUAAAACUUGUCGGAGUACGUCCUGCAUCUCUUCUCCAACCUGCUCUUAGUGUCCUGGCAACCUUGGCAAACUUCAGAGAGAAGGAUCUGGAACCACACAAAGGGAAGAUUUUGCUCCGACUUGGAGAACGAUUAACUAGCUCAUUAUCCUGGGCUCUAGAAUCUCUUCAGGGUUCAGAGGACUCCAGAAUAUAUACAAUGUCUGAGAGUAGGAGUAUAUUUGAAAAAUCUGCGAAAAUAUUGCAGUUUCUUUGUGACAAGGAUUCAAAUCUAACCAGGCAUAUAAUAAGAAAACAAGAAUACAUAAAAGAGAGUCUUCAAAUUUUCAUGAACAGAUUUAAGAACAAAACUUUUAGAGAUCUAUAUGAGAACCUUGAAUCUGAGGAGGAGUAUAUGCGAGAUGAAGAAAGAAAACUUAUCGCUGUAAUUAAAAUACAAUCUACUGUUAGAAUGUGGAGACAGAAAAAACUUUGGAGAAAGCUCAGGAACGGAAUGAUCGCUUGCCAAAGAUUAUACCGGAGAAGAAGAGAGAUAUCAGAGUCAAACCUUACAACUACUCCGGAGCAAUCCUUCAAGAAGGAGCUAACCAGGAUAAGUCUCAGGAAACAAGGACUAGAAUAUAAAUACAGGAGAUUGGAGAGGAUUGAACCAAGAAGAUUUGGAAACUUUGUUGAAUCUGAACAAGUUCAAGCAGCAUCCAGGAUACAGAGAUGGUGGAGAAGAAGGAAAGGGGAGGAGGAUGGAGGUAGAAAACAAGAAGAGGAGAGAAGGGAGAAAGCAGUUAAAAUCAUACAGGCCGGGGCGCGAAGAUGGCUGGUGCUCCGACGGUCAGCUCCUGUUUGGAGUCAGCUGUUGGCUCCCAAAGUUAUCUCUGAGGAGAGAGCCCGUCAGCUGCAGCUGGAGAUUGAUAUUUGGCAGCAGAAGACUAAACUCUGGGUAGAUAGGGAGGAGACUACUAAACUUCAUGUAGAGGCACAGAACAAAUACAGAAACUUUCUUCUCACACUGGGUUCAAGACGCCUAGCAGAGCAUAGGACGGGAGUUCUUCGAGCUCAAAUUGGUGAAACAUCACAUGUUUUACGCACUGCUCCGAAACUUCAUGAAUACAGACCUGAUAUGUGGAGCACCUACCAUACUCUACCUCUACCCCUAGCAACAGCAGCAAGGGUAAACCAUCAGAGAGAAUUGGAGAAGACGACCUGGCCGCUCUGGAGAAGAAAGAUUCAAGAUAUUCUCAAUUAUUAAAUAUUAUUUUUAGUUUAAAAGAAAUAAUUGUUUUAAAAUGAGAAGAUUUUCCUUGUUUAAUACAGAUAUUUGUGCUACGUAAAAUAAAAAAAAUAAAUAUAAAUCUUAAUUAAUAA